UUCCAUUAGUAUAAAUAGCCCCUCAAUGGCUCAUAAUCAAUGUAUUCAAAACGUCUAUCUUCAGCCUUGUAUAAGUUUAAAAGAAGAAGAAGUUUUUUUGUUUCUUCAACUGAAAAUGGAAGCUGUGGGAGGGUCCAGUGGAGCCAUGUAUGAGUGCUUACUCUUUGAUAUGGAUGAUACAUUGUACCCCUUGAGCUUAGGUAUCAACCUGGCCUGUCGCAGGAAUAUAGAAGAAUUUAUGUUGCACCACUUGCAUAUUGAAGAAAGUCAAGUCCCAAGAAUGUGCUUGGAGUUGUAUAGAGAAUAUGGGACGACAAUGGCGGGUCUUAAGGCACUUGGCUAUGAAUUUGAUAACGAUGAGUUUCAUGCUUUUGUCCAUGGAAGGUUGCCAUAUGAGCUGCUAAAACCCGAUCCAAUACUUCGCAAUCUCCUACAUUCCAUGCCCCAACGGAAAAUAAUCUUCACUAAUGGUGAUGAAGCACAUGCGGCUCAAGUUUUGAGAAGGUUGGGUUUGGAAGAUUGUUUUCAUGGUGUAAUAUGCUUUGAAACACUUAACCCUCCUGUGGGACUGGGAUCAGAUGGAAUGGAUGAAGGACAGACUGAAAAUGUUCAAACACAAAUUCUGUGUAAACCUUCUGUGCAAGCAAUGGAAGCUGCCAUUGCCGUAGCAAAUGUUGAUCCUGAAAAAACGCUUUUCUUCGAUGACAGUGUUCGCAACAUUGCCAGUGGAAAAGCUGCUGGACUUCACACAGUCAUUGUGGGGAGAGAAACUCUGGUGCCAGGAGCAGAUUAUGCUCUAAGUAGCAUCCAUAAUAUUAGAGAAGCCCUGCCUGAGAUAUGGGAAGAAGAAGAGGAGCAUUUGGAACCAAUUAUUCAACCUGCUGCAGUAGAAACAGUAGUCCUAGCAUAGACCAGAUCUGCUUAAAGAUUCAUAGUUUAUGGAAGAAGGUUUCAUUAGACUUGUAAGAGUAUGUUUAUGGAAGAAGUUGACCACUUGCAAAGAAUCGAGAAGUACUGUAAAGCGUUGGUCGUACUUACUAAUUAUAAUUAAGCAAAAAUAAGAUUACAGUAAUUUAUCUCUUU